AGAGACUGAAUUCAAAAAAUAUACCAUAUGUUUGCGUGCUACUGUCUGAAAUAUUCCCCGAUAAGCUGGCGCAAUUCACAGACAUAGAUACAUGGAUUCAAAUUGCCUGCCCCAGACUUUCUGUUGAUUGGGGCUAUGCAUUCACCAAACCCUUGCUAAGUCCAUAUGAAGCAUCAGUUGCGUUGGAGUCUAUAGAGUGGCAAAAAUCGUAUCCAAUGGAUUUCUAUGCAAAUGACAGCUUAGGUCCUUGGACACCUAAUUAUGGGAAAAACGUGAACCGAAUCAAAAAUAAAAAGUAA